AUGUAUUGUCCUUUGUUACUAGUAAACUUGAUUUGCUGCAGAAAGGUCAUAAAAUUGAAAUGCCUGAAAUCUGUUAUACAUAUAAAUAUAUUUAUUGGGUUAUAUUUACAGGAUACCAGGUUUCCAAAGGGUAUAAAUCAUACAUGUGAUGUUUGUAGUGUGAUUUGUAUACCAUUAUUAUUACCUGAAGGUGACCUAGUGGCUAUCUCAGAAUUCCAUCGAGAUGGCUUCAAAGAUAUAUUUUCAGAAAGAGAUUUUCAGAUUGCCAAUGCUAUGUUAUGUUCCAUCCUAUCAUGUUUACACCUAAGUCAGAUAAAUAAAGUCUUAGAAACACAACAAGAGUUGAAUGACUUCUUAUUAGAAACAACAAAACAAUUAUUUGAUGAUGUUAUUAGUAUUGAUAGUCUUAUACAGAGCAUUAUGCACUCUACUAAAAAUCUAGUAAAUGCAGAAAGAUGUGCACUCUUUCUGAUAGAUCAUCAAAAAGGGGAAUUAUUUGCUGAUUUUUUUGAUGAAGGUUAUGAUGUUGAUGGAAAACCAGUUUUCAAAAAGAAAAAACAAAUCAGGUUACCGUUUGAUGAAGGUAUUGUCAGUAAGGUAGCUAAAACAGGAGUAAUAGUUAAUGUUAAAGAUUCUUUAAAAGAUGACAGGUUUACAAAAAAUGUUGAUAAACAGACAGGUUAUACCACAAGAAAUGUAUUAUGUAUGCCUAUUGUUGGUAAAGGAGGUGUGAUUGGAGUGGUUGAGUUGAUCAACAGUUCAGCAUUUGAUCAUUUCACAAAAGCUGAUGAAAGUGCCUUUAAGAUGUUUGCUGUAUAUUGUGCUUUAGCUUUGCAUUAUUCAAAAUUAUACAGUAUGUUACAUUUACAACAAGAUCAAUAUGAAGUAGCUAUGGAGGUUUUACAGUAUCAUAUAUUAGCUAGUGAGGAAGAAAUUGGUGAGCUUAUGAAGAAUCCUUUACCAACACCUGAUCAAAUACCUCCUUCUCUUUAUACGUUUGAUUUUUAUGGAGGUGAAUAUAUGGAUAGUUUGCCCAAGUUCUUUCUACAUAUGAUAGAUGAUUUAUUUGGUGUGACCAGAUUUCAGGUGAAGAAAUUGGUCCAUUUUAUAUUAACUGUAAGAAAGAAUUAUCGACAGGUUAUGUACCAUAACUGGAAACAUGGAUUUCAUGUAGCUCAUAGUCUAUAUAUUAUGAUCAAAACUUCCCCUGAAGUCUUUACUACUGUAGAGUCAUUAGCACUAGUAUUAGCUGGUAUUUGUCAUGACCUUGACCAUCGUGGCUUUAAUAAUGCCUUCUUCGAGAAAUUGCAUCAUCCUCUUGCAGCUCUAUAUUCUACAAAUGUUAUGGAACAACAUCAUUAUAAGCAAACCGUAUUGAUAUUACAGAGUCAAGGUCAUGAUAUAUUAUCUGGUAUGAGUAAACGAGAAUAUAAAAUCAUAUUAGAAAUGAUUAGACAAGCUAUAAUAGCUACAGAUUUAGCUCUGUAUUUUGGUAAUCAGAAGAUAUUACACGGCUAUCUAAAUGAUGGUGUAUUUGAUAUUAAAGAACCUGAAAUGAGAAAACAGGCUCUAUCAUUAAUGAUGACAGGCGCAGAUCUAUGUGCUAUAGCCAAACCAUGGAAUACUCAGAAACAAACAGUCAAUGAAAUUUAUGAAGAAUUUUACUAUCAGGGAGAUGAAGAAAAGAAACAAGGUCUAGUUCCUACAGCAAUGAUGGACCGUGAAAAAAAAGAUGAAAUCCCCAAACAGCAGGUUGGAUUUAUAAAGUUUAUUGGUUGUCCUCUAUAUACAACAUUAAAACAGAUAUUACCAUCUACAGAGAAACUACUACAGGGAUCAUUGUAA